UGGCGAAAACCCUCCAGACUCUGGUUUUGGUCCACCGUUUGGAUCACUGGUUAUUUGACUCAUAUUCCCUAGGUACUAAUGUAAUAUGGAACAAGGCGUCAACAAAGCUGAUAGUAGGAAGGAUACAGAGAAUCUGCCUAAAGGAUCUAGUAAAGCAGAGUCAAGUGGCAAAAAUCUUCAACAGUCAUUGAAGGCCAAAUCAAAAUUUGUUAAGAGGUCUCAGCCUAGCAGGCCUAACAUAAAAAAGAAUAAAGGUUUUAAGCGGAUUCCAGGAAAAGAUCAACAGAGAAAGAAUAGAGCAAUAGUGGGAGAGAGAGAAAUUUCUCACAACGGAAAUGGGCGCAGCAAGAAACAAACUUCACAAGACAGUCAACAGAACAGAACUGCUGAUGAGCAGCAUGAGGAGAAGAGCCAGCAGGUGGACAAUAGCAAUGAGGAUAGUCGAAAUAGGGGCACUAGUGAUAAACCUUUUACUGGGCAGAGCCAUCAUAUUCAAAAUAGUAAUGAGAAGACUAAUGAGUCAAAUGUUAGUAAACAAGAACAGAAGAACAGAGGAAAGCAUGUAAAGCCAAACAAGGGUGCUAAUAAUAGAAUGAACGAAAAUGAGAAAGGCAGCCCAGAGAAGGUUAAUUUGAAUGAAGGGAAGAGAGAAAAGCUUGGUGGCUUAAUCUUCAUGUGCAGUGCAAAAACAAAGCCAGACUGUUUCCAUUACCAAGUUAUGGGUGUUUCCAGUGGUAAAAAGGAUGUUGUUUUGGGAGUCAAGCGUGGGCUUAAGCUUUUUCUUUAUGAUUUUGAUCUUAAGCUAUUAUAUGGGAUAUACAAAGCUACAUCCUCUGGGGGCAUGAAACUUGAACCCAAAGCGUUCAAUGGUUCCUUUCCUGCUCAGGUGCGAUUCAGCAUUGAGAAGGAUUGCUUCCCACUGCCUGAGAGCAUUUUCAAAAAGGCUAUCAAAGAAAAUUAUGAUGAAAGGAACAAGUUCAAAACUGAACUUACUGUCAGGCAGGUUAGGAAGCUUACAGGACUUUUCCGACCAGCUACAAUUCAUUCCACUUUGCUGCCUCUUCGCACCUGUCCAAAAGUACUAAUGCUGGAUAGGGAAGUUUCUGACGGUGUUGAGGGACAAUGGUCCCAUUUGCAUAGGGAAAGAUCGGACCAAGAUCCUUAUGCCAAUAGCCAUGGGAAGAAUUAUAAUGUUCUGCAACAUGAAAGGAAAGUACGUGAUUUAUUCCUGACUGAAAAGGAUUAUCGAGCUUAUGGUCUUCAAGGAGAUGGGAGAAAUCUGACUCCCCCUUCUCAUGCGAAUCCCACACUGGAGCCCCAUGAGAGAGAUCGUGAAACAGAGCACCUUCAUCAACUGGGUUCUAUCUACAGGGAGGAUGUCCCUUCACAAUCUCAUGUAGAAAGACUUCUCACUGAUCCUCUAUAUUUAAAUAAGAGGGAAUAUCAGGCUUAUGGUCAUGGUGUAGAUGACUACCGAUAUGGUUCAUCAAGAAGGGACCCCUAUUCUCAACCUUCAUACAGAGAUGAUGAAUUCUCUUUGAGCUCUUUAGUAGGUGGAAGAAUCUUGAGCAGGGCUGGUAACUUGCCAAGGAGAGAAACCUUUCAAGAUAGUCUGUACUCAACAUAUGCUGCUGAAGCUUUGCCAGAAUAUAGUCAGGCGCGGCAUUAUCACAGGGCCCAGCCAGUAUCCAUGCAUGCGCCAGUUUCUUCUCGUUAUGCAUUUGAUGGGCCUUCACAUUCAUAUCGGUAAUUUGAAUGUGCACUUUGGCUUCCUGUUGUGCUCCUCUAGAUUGUUUAACUUAGUAAUUAAUAGAACAUCAAGGAAAGAGUACAUGUCCAAACUACUCCUCAGGUACCUGAGAAUUGGAGAUAUAGCUAGUUUUACUAGCUGUGUCUGAAAUGUGAAGCUGCAAACAUUGGAUCUGUGCUUCCCGGUUGCCAUUAAAAUAGAGUACUUAUGGCGCAGUCGCACAGUAGGCUAGGAAAUUUUCAAGGCUAUUUUGUCUAUGUAUAUAUUUAUUUUGCCUAUGUAUAUGUUUAUUUUGCCUUGCGGAUUAGUAGUUCAGAUAUGCGCCUACUUGUUGGUUUCAUGAAUAGGAAUGUGGGUCGCGUCCCCUUAAGCCUUUAA